GCCGGGCAGCGGGCGACUGUGAGCCUGUACACCAUGACGACAGCUCCUGACAGUGCUCGCCUUCCCAGCUUCUGGGUGUCCCUUCAGGUGUUGUGGUCUUAGCUGUGAGAGGGGAAAGGCGUGAGGGGUUUCUGAUCCGACCGUAUGGAGGAAGGAAGAGGUGACAGCUUCGACGGUGUGAGCACCGACCGCCUGAAAAUGGAGUUACUGGAGGAAAUCCAUUUGAAGUUUUCAGUUACCUGUUGCCCUAGCUAUUCCUUUCUCUCAUCCCAGUUAGUUUGCUGGGCUUUGAGAAACCAGAUAACAACUUCUUGGGAUCAUAUUUAAGUAAGAGUAAAGGGUUUCUAAUGGUCACUGGGAGCUUUAAUGCAUAUAAUGGACCUUGGUAAUCAGAAGCCUCCAUUUGCCUGAUUUCUGAUUCUCAACCAUGCCUUCAGGAUAUAGUGCAACUAUCAAUGCUUGAAAUAAGAUACAAGAUAGAGGAACUAGAAGCCAAACUCAAUUCUGAUGAUGAAGGUGGUGAAUGGAAAGUUCAUUAUGAGACACAACUUGAACUGAAUGAUCAACUAGAAAAACAAAUUGUUUCUCUAGAAGAGAAAAUGGAAAAAAUCUGUGGAAAUCCUUCAGAUUGUCUUCUAUCUGUGUCUAUGAACAAAUGCCAGUGAAAUACUUAAACACAUUACUUAAAUGGCUAGAAAAAGAGAAAAGAAGCCUUGAAAAUCAAGUGAAAGACUGUGCACUGAGACUGGAACAAGAAUCAAAGGCUUACCACAAGACCAACAAUGAGUGCCGUAGAUACCUAGCUGAAAUGUCUCGGGUCUCUGACUCAUACCAAGUUUCUAAAAGGCAACAGAUGGAUCAACUGCCUAGAAUGAAAGAGAAUCUAGUGAAAAUGGGAAGAUAUAAUCCAGUUAAUCAGAAGACAAUGAAUGCCAAGAGAGGACCAGUAAAAAAGAUUACGAGAUCAACCCAUCUUCCAAAACUCAAUCUAUAAUUCUAGAACUGGGUGGAUUUCUCUUUCUUCCCUCUUUUCAUCUAUAAUAUUCAACUUGUGAAGUUAAUGUGGAACACAUUUUCAGGGAAUGAAGUAGACAAGAAAGAGCUAUCGAACUUCUCUUUAGCUCCUCUUCCAGAAGUUUGUCCCUUUGUCUGUAUGAAAGUAAUUUUUUUAAGUGAUCCUACAAUAUCUAAUAGCAUUGCUUAUGAUUUUAAAAAUAUCCUAGAAAGUCUGAAGGUUUGCAUUAUUACACUUACUUUUAAUAAUAUAUCCAUAAUCUGUGCUGAGAGUAAUAGUGCUAUUAUAUUUGGUUUCUGUCAGCUGUUGACUGUCAGCUAAAAAUGUGAAUUCGUCAAAACAUUUUGCUCUUAUAGGCCAUAUUAUGUUCAGGUCUUUUAAACUUAUGGUUUAAACAAAGCUACAAAUCAGAUGGAUUUUGAUUUGAACUAUCAUGGUGUUAUGGAAAUAGCCUUCAAUCAGUAAUCAGCUUGGUUAUAAUUUCCACCCUGCCCUGAACUUAGGAGGUCUUGGGCAGGUUCCUUCAUCUCAUCUUUAUUUCCCACAUCUGUAAAAUGAUGGAGGCAAAUGGUAUAACUUCUAAGGUUUGUACUUUGCUAGAAAACCAAUAUUUAUUCAACUACAAGGUCCUACUACUUAGUAUAUAGUGAUUUAAAUCAUUUUAUGAUGUUUCUUAAUUCAUAGUGAUGGCCUAAUUCUUUAGACCAAACAUUGCAGUGUUCACAAUACUUAAGUCUCAAUGUGGAGAUAGAGUGAGGAGAGGAGAAGGGUUUGAUAUAAUUUACUGAAUUUUUCUAUUUAUGUUUAGGUUGUUUUGUAACUAUUAUCUAGGUUUGGAACAUACCUAGGAUUUAUUUGCCCAACUUAAUAAGUAAAAUUAUUGGACUUUAUAUUUCCAGAAAUAACUCAUAGCUAACUUAGUUUCCAGCUAAUGGUGUUCUCACCUUAUAUCUGGAACUAAAACUUAACUUCUAUUCAGUAUCAACAGUAAUGAAUACUAAAUGCAUUUCUAUAAUAACUUUUAUAGAUAUUCACUUUCUUUUUCUAAGGAAGAAUUCAUAAAUUUCAUAUAGACAAAUAAUUCUUGUAUGUGGCUUUAUAAAGUAUACAGAAAAACAUAAAAUAACUUUCUACAAAUUAUUCCAAAUGGGAACUAUUUGGAAAUAUCUCCCCUGUUCUUUUUUUUUUUUUAAGAUUUUAUUUAAUUUAUUUGAGAGAGAGAGUGAGAGAGGGGUAAGGGACAGAGGGAGAAGCAGAUCCCUUGCUGAGCAGGGAACCCAAUGCGGGGCUUGAUCCUGGGACUCUAGGAUCAUGACUUGAGCCAAAGGUAGACACUUAACCAACUGAGCCACACAGGUGCCCCAUCUCCCCUGUUCUUAAGCUAACUACGGAGAUCAGACACCGUGACCCAUAUUAUUAAACAAAUAUUAGAUUUUUAAAUCUUAUACAAUCUUUCUUAGCAUUAGCAGCAAACUGAUGACUUAAAUUUUCAUAAUAUUUAUAAUCACAGAGUCAUCACUGAAAAAUAAAUUUAUUUCUAUCAUACAGAGCAAGCCAUUGUAAGGAUUGGAUUUGGAAUAUUUAAAUUUAUCUCCAUCACUAGGAUGGGAUAUUAGUUGAAUAUCUUACUAUGGGGACUCUGUCAUGUUUAAGUAACAGCUCUGCAGGAGCUACUCUGGGAUACUUUACAAUGAUAGGAAAGGCCUGUCUUAAACAGAGGGAGAGGGUAGCAUAAAGAACUGAUAUGGGGGACUCUCUAAGUUCUACUACCAGUGUUGCCACUUCUAAGCUUCUGACAUUGAGUAAGUCACUUUUCAUUGCCUCACUUUCAUCAUUUAUAGAAUUGGGAAUAAAUUUCUGUGCAGAUCAAGGAUACUAUGUAUUUAUUUGUUUACUUUUUUAAGCCCUAUUUCUAAAAAAGAUUGUGUUAGCUUUUACUAAAUGUAGAGGUAUAAAAACAAUGGUCAUAAGAUAACAGAUAAAAGUUAAUGUUUUGUAAGAAUUCCCAACUAAGAAAAGCUCUAGCUUUUAAGCUUUCUAGCAAUCAUCACAAAGAAGGAAUGAAUUAUACAGCUCUCAUUUGUUUUGUAGAAGGAAGAUACAAGUAGAGAAAAAGUUUUACCUAAUUCUGAGCUUUAAAGAUAAUGUAUCAUGUGAAGUUUUAUAAGAAAAUGUAAUUAUUUAUUGAAAUAACUAGUGCAAAAAUGAUAGCUUGGGGUUUUAACUUUAACACUGAAAUAUAUAUAAAUAUCAGUGUUUUUUGAAAAGAGUUUAGAAUUCAUAAAGCAAAAUAUCAGUAAACAAUACUUAAUAUAUUUCAAAAAAAUUUUUUUUUCUUAAAGAUUUUAUUUAUUUAUUUGAGAAAGAGAGAAUGAGAGACAGAGAGCACGAGAGGGAAGAGGGUCAGAGGGAGAAGCAGACUCCCUGCCUGA